AUAUCUUGUCUCUUUUUAUGUAUGAUGUAGACUGCAUUACACUGGUUACUUUGAAAAAUAGGAAUCCCUGUAUAAUUGUGUUAAAUGUCACAUUCGGAAAUAUAUCUUCUGCUUAUUUUUAAAAUUUGUGCGGUCAAGGUUUCGAUCAAUUUCCACCUGGCGGUGUUACAUGCAUAUAGUACAAGAAGAAUUUGAAGAUGCAUCUCGUAUCUCGUGUCCUUGCGCAUUCUGUGCAUGAUGUAAUGCGAACAUAACCAAAAAAAAAAUCUUGCAAAAAAUAUUUACUGUUUAUAGAGCGAUGUAGAGACACGCGUCGUUUAAAUUGAUGGCAUCAAACUAAUGGUUCGAUGACUUACGUUUUGAAAUGGGAGAUCACACCGCACGUCAAGUUGGAGCUAGUCGUAGUUUGAAUCGGGAAUCUGCUCGAAAAUCAGAUUUCUAGAAGGGACAAAAAUGGCGAAUGAUGUAAUAAUGAGAGGUAAAGACAGAUUACAAGAGAUUAGUAUGAAAUUGGAGCAGAGUCAUCUGGUAUACUUGCAAACAGAUGAUAGUCCUUUGAAGCUACAGCAACGACAUAAAUUAGAAGGCUUUAUAAAAGAAUACCUUUGCUUAGUACCUAAUGAGAAUAAGUAUGUAUUUCAAGAAACAGCAGAUAUUUUGCAUAGAUCAGCAGCAACGGUAACAGAUUUCAGUGGAUAUAGAGCAGCAACUGCUUGGAGUGCAAUUUCAUUAUAUGCAGCUAAUCUUUUAGCUCAGCCUUGGCGGAAAGAAUAUAGGAUAGUGAGGACGUACAGUGGUUAUUACAAACAUGAAGUAGAGGCAAAUUUAAUAGGCGCCGAGUUAAUGUUUGAACAGAUGGGCUAUAAGCAUACUGGUUUGGGUAUAUUGACUUUGGAAGGACCGAUUGAUCCAGAUAAGGUUUCAAAUGUCAGUAGGGAUGCUAUUGUAGCUUUUGUGGAAUGUCAGAUCUUGAAACAGAUAUGGGAAAGCGUAUCACAGAAUUAUACCAUUUCUUGGCUAGAAGUGCUGGAAUUUCGUGAAAAUCACGUUGGUACGCCGGAGCAAGCUAUUCGAGCGCUAAAUUAUCGUUUUCUUGAGAAAGUGCAUCAAAAUCGUACAAAGGCAGAUAAUUAUAAGGAUUUCUAUCCACAACAAACGAGCAUAGACGUUGUGCCAUUGCACCUACCCUAUCAUCAUAUCGUGCAUGCCAAUUACAGCGCGACGAUGCCGUCAACCUGUCAAACGGAUUACCGGCGUAUCGAAGACGCAACGAACAUGGCAAUACCAGCUAACUAUCGAUAUUAUCAACCGGUUAAUCACGAUUUCAUUAAUUGUUGCGCCAGUUACGGUUGCUUGUCCUCUCAUGGGAACAAAUUUUACAGUAAUAGCAUGCAACCAAAUCCAUAUUGUGCCACGUUACCGGCAUAUGCAGCCCGAGUGCCGACUGGUAGACUAAUAGAACUUGAUGUACCGGCGUCUGUUGCGAAUUAUGAUAAAGCUCAUGCUUUCCGCAAAUCUAUGCCCCAUCGAAUAUCGGAUUUAGAUGAGGUAGACUUUUACAGACGACAGUCAAGCGAUGGCGAUCAUUACAUGGAACAUGGCAAAACUGAUAGAAAAACCGCUAGCAGAUCAAAUUCCAACGCUGGAAGAGACGAUUAUGAUACAUGGGAUUUUGUUUACAAAAAUCUCGAAAGCUUAGGUUAUUACAAAGAUCUCGAUGAUCGAGAUGAUAUAUUACAGCGUAAAAAGGAGCUAGAUUCUAUUCGCGCGUCCAAACACAAGACGCUCAGGCAAGCAGAGAAUGAAGACAAAUAUAGCGCACACAAGUUUGAGAAGAAGAGAAAUGGAAGCAGGAUUGAAACGAAUGAGAUUGAUUCGCCCGAAGGAAAUGGUAAGAAUCAUCAGGAUAUUCUGCCUUUCAAGAAGAAAUCCUCAUCUUUCGACUUGUCGGAUUCGAAUAAAUAUAUCGACGCAUACAAUAGGGAUAAGAAGCACAACAGUCAAACUUUACCGAUUCCACGCACGCACAAAUCUUCGGAUCAGAUAGCAAAGAUUGCGGAUUCUUUUAAAAAUCUCGAUAUCGCGCAAAUAAGAAAAGAAAAGGAGGAAGAGGAAAGCGAAAAGAGAUGGAAUUGCGCCACAUGUACGUAUUUGAAUACGCCCGACCGAGAUAUCUGUGAAAUGUGCGCAAAGUCGAGAUGCAAAGGGAACGAGGACAAACCACUUGCCAGUGGCGGCAAGGAAUGUCCAAAAUGCACAUUGGUAAACGAAAAAAUGUUUCUAUCUGUGAUGCUUGUCAUACCAGUCUGAAAGAUUCUCCGACCUACAUAUAAACAGACUGAAACUCUUCGCGAAAGAAAAGAUUCUCGCACACUUGACAAUUUGCGGUUUGCGCAAAGGUAUAAUAUUGCCUGUAAGAUAUGAAAUUAUUGACCGAAUGCAUCGUAUGUGUGUGUGUGUACAACACGACUCUUUUUCAACGACCUAAAAUGAAACAUGAAUACAGAAAAACUUAGAGACAUAAUAUGUUUAUAACGCAAAUGGAUUCUAAUUUACAUAGAGAAGGUACAAAGAUAUUUAUUUAAAAUUAUCAUGUGGAAUAAAAAAAUCUUUUAAUAUAAUGACUUUUUUUAGCUUUGUAUUAGUAUUGUUGUGUUAUGGCCUAUUGAGGAGUAUUGAAUAGAUAUUGGAAUUAUAUAUUAUACGUCAUAACUAUUAGUAUUAUUAUAACAUUUGACAGCUUGUCAUUAAAGAAAUUUAAUCAAAUAUUAGGCCAAAGUUUAUAAAAUUAAUGUUACCGAGAUUAAUUGGAAAAUGCAUAAAACGCUGGGACAUUACUUACUCAAAAAGUAUUUUAUUAUAUGUUUGUCUUUAUACAUUUAUAUUUCCUUUGUAAUUGUGCAAUUUAUUUUAUAAUUUAGAUGAUUGCUUAAAAUUUGAGAAACAGAUUCUGCUCCUUUCAAAUAGAUCGACUUAGUUUCCAAAAAGUAUAUUGCAACAAAUUAAAAAAUUAGGCGUUGUUAUCAUAAUGAAUAAAUUGUAUAAAUGCCAUGAUCAACAAAAUUAUUUAAAAAAUGAAUUAAUAGAAAGAGAACUUCUCUUCGAUUUGCAAAUGAUAGUUUAUGCAAUGUUACAAAUUGACGGAGUGUUUCUAACGAGUUCUCUGGAAACAAAUUAGGCGUUUGCUGUAAAGACAAGAAUGUUAAAACUUUAUCAGAAUGUAUUAAGAAUAAAAUUAUUGCACCGUUGGUUGCAGAUUAUUGUUGUAACUAUUAUAAUAAUACAUAUUGUACUAUAUUAUUAGAAAGAAAGAUCAUUAUAAAUAUAACAAGAAUUUAAUUGAGAGUGCAUUCUAUUAUAGUUUGUGAUGAAAUUUUAUCGAUACAACAACGUCUAUAUUAUUGUGUAUUGAAAUCAUCUAGAAGUAGCUAUUUAUUUAAAAAUAUUAAUCACACAAAUACUUAUUUAUUCAUACAUUCCUUAUUCAUCAAGUCAUUACAAAUACGAUUUGCUUAUUAAAUACUUUGUUAACAUAUCUCUGCAACAUUUGUUUUGUCUUAUUUAAUAUUGUUUUCGACUGUUGAAUGUAUAUAUAACUUAGUAUAUACGUAAGAUAUUGCGUUUUUAUAAGUUUGUCGACAUUGCACAAAAUAAUACAUGUAUGUAAUCAAUUAGUUUAAUGUAAAAUGUUUUGAGAGAUAAUGAAAAAUUUUGCUCAAUAGAAAGAGAUUCAUAAGGAUGUUUGAGCUAAUGUACUCUAAUUUGUUUCACUAUCCUGCUUUUGUUUAUUAAUUAACAGCGUAUAAAUGAGAGGAUUUUGUUGAGUGUACUAGUUUAGCCUAAUUUAAUGCGUAAAGAUAAAAGAAAAAUUUAUAACGAUAUUGAAGCUUAUAUAGACAACACACUGAGAUAUUAAUAAAAUAAGACGAUUGGCAUUUUUG